GCAGCCAUGGCCGGAAGCGACCCUGGCAGCCGAGGGACCUCUCCUCAGCCUUCUCACAGCGACUGGGGCCGCCUGGAGGCGGCCUUCCUUAGCGGCUGGAGGAACUUCUGGCAGUCUGUUGGCAAGGAGAGGGCGGCUCCGAGGGCCUCCGCAGAGGAGGCGGACGAGGAGGCCAGUUCUCUGACGCGGCUGCCGAUUGAUGUACAGCUAUAUAUUUUGUCAUUUCUUUCACCUCAUGAUCUAUGUCAGUUGGGAAGUACAAGUCAUUAUUGGAAUGAAACUGUCCGAGAUCCAAUUCUGUGGAGAUAUUUUCUGUUGCGGGAUCUUCCUUCUUGGUCUUCUGUUGACUGGAAGUCUCUCCCAGAUCUAGAAAUCUUAAAAAAGCCUAUAUCUGAGGUUACCAAUGGUGCAUUUUUUGACUACAUGGCAGUCUAUAAAAUGUGCUGUCCACAUACAAGAAGAUCUUCAAAAUCUAGCCGUCCUAUGUAUGGAGCUGUCACCUCAUUUUUACACUCAUUGAUCAUUCAGAAUGAACCACGAUUUGCCAUGUUUGGACCAGGUUUGGAAGAACUAAAUACAUCUUUGGUGUUGAGUUUGAUGUCUUCGGAGGAACUUUGCCCGACAGCUGGUUUACCUCAGAGGCAGAUUGAUGGUAUUGGAUCAGGAGUUAGUUUUCAGUUGAACAAUCAACAUAAAUUCAACAUCCUAAUACUAUAUUCAACUACAAGAAAGGAAAGAGAUAGAGCAAGAGAAGAACAUACAAGUGCAGUUAACAAGAUGUUCAGUAUACAGAAUGAAGGGGACGAUCAACAAGGGAGCCGGUACAGUGUAAUUCCACAAAUUCAGAAGGUGUGUGAAGUGGUUGAUGGGUUCAUCUAUGUUGCAAAUGCUGAAGCUCAUAAAAGACAUGAAUGGCAAGAUGAAUUUUCUCGUAUUAUGGCAAUGACUGAUCCAGCUUUUGGAUCUUCCGGGAGACCAAUGUUGGUUUUAUCUUGUAUUUCUCAAGCUAAUGUAAAAAGAAUGCCCUGUUUUUAUUUGGCCCAUGAGCUGCGUCUGAAUCAUCUAAACUACCCAUGGAUGGUCCAGGACACUGAGGCUGAAACUUUAACUGGUUUUUUGAAUGGUAUUCAGUGGAUUCUUGAAGAAGUAGAAUCUAAGCAUGCAAGAUGAUCCUCCUCUUCAACCUUGGCAACUGAAAGCAUUUGAAACUUGUUACUAAGGUCGUGGUGUGGAUAUUUGCUCAAGUCAGCUCAUUCUGCCCUGCCUUUUUGCAGGUAGGCUUUAUGUUGGACAGCUGUCACCACUCUAAUUUUUAUAUAACUUUUACUUUUUACCUUAGAUCAAUUACAAGAAAAAAGUUUCAUUGGUAGGA